AUGAAACAGGUCAGGACACAGAAAACGCGCUGGUGGAAGUUGAAUGAAGAGGAACAUCAGCAUAAGUUUGUCCAGGAAGUUGAGAAGAAAUUGGGAGAGGAAGAGCAGGAGACGUGGAGUACAUUGAGCAAUGUUGUGCAGGAAACGGGAGAAGUACUAGGACGUACUUCGGGAAAGAAAGAAAAGAAAGAGGAGAUUUGUUUGUGGUGUACUGAGGUACAAGAGGUGGUUAAAGAAAAGAAAGAAAGGAAAGCGUUAAGACAUCUAAAUGGAAGGGCAAGACGGUCAAAGAAAAGCUAUCAGGAUAGGAAAACAGAAGAACAAAGAAGCACAGGAUGUUUACCAAGCAAAGAGAGGAAAGAUAGUGAAGAACUGGUACUUAGAGAAGACAAUCAGAUAAGGGAGUGGUGGAAGGAAUACUAUCAACAACUGAUGAAUGUAGAGAACCCAAGGGUUGAACGGGUAAUAGAAGCUGUAGAGGAAAGGGAGGUAGAGGAAAAUAAGGGUGAUAUCCAGGAUUGUGGAAUCUACCAGGGCAUCAAACUUACAUCACACACGCUAAAGGUGUGGGAAAGAAUCAUAGACAAGAGGCUAAGGAAAAGGGUGAAGGUAUCGGAACAGCAAUUCAGCCUCAUGCCCAAUAGAAUCACAGCGGAUGGUCGCUGA